CGCGGCAGUCGGCACUCGCUGCCUCCUCAGUCCUCAUUGUGGGUCAGUCGUCGAGCGGAGCUUGUCGACGUCGGUCGGCUUACGAUCCGCUUGAGCGCGAGUCGCUGCGUGUACGGUCCGGUGCGUAUGGGAUUCGCGGUAAUAUUUUAAGUCAUAAAAGACUAAACGCACCCGGUGUUUUCACCCAAAGUUAAAAAAGUUAUCAAAAAAGCGUAAUGACAAACUAGACAGUGGUAAAUUUGUUAUUAAUAAAUAAACAAAUAGCUAAUCAAGUGACAAUGAACAUUUUAAGAGACCACAGUGAAUUGUUAAAAAUGAGGACUUGUAGUGUGAGUUAGAAAAACCGUUGAAACAUAGAAUGGGUAUAGUCAUGGAAAGCUCAGAGGUUAACUUGGUCGGUGCCAAUUGUCUCAGUAUUGAGCCAGAAUUGUUUGGAACGAUGAGUGCACCCAGCGAAUACUACGAAACCCUCCACACUAUCGCAAUCAAUACCAGAGAAACAGAAUUCGGAAGCUAUGUGGAGCCCAUACCGAUUACGCUCAAAGCGUAUAAGCACAUCCCGACUCUCACUCCUACAAACGGUUACGGUUUCCCUCACUCGGUCAUAACUCCAUUGCAUCCUGCUCCCCGGGUAGAGCCAGAGAGGGCUACGACGUCCGUUAUCAUACAGAGUCCUGUCAAAGAGGAUAAACCUAAAGUGGCAAGGCCACCUAAAAAGAAGUGGAUAAAAGAGUAUUUAGAGGAGGAGCCGGAGCUGCCGGUGUCGGUGCGGGUGGGCGAGGCGCCGGUGUCGCGCAGCAACUGCGUGGUGCGGCCGCCUUCGCCCCCGCCACCCGCCAUCCUCGACUUCGCACAAGAACAUUCCAGGCUGCGCUCUAACGGCAGUCACGGGCCGACCCAAAUCCCGUCACCUCCGUCUGUGGGCAGCAACGGCAGUAGUAAUGGAAGCAACAGUAGCAGCAGCAGCAGUAACGGAAUCCCUCGCGCAGGCACCCGAGAGGUCCACAAUAAGCUGGAGAAGAACCGAAGAGCACACCUUAAAGAGUGCUUCGAAAUGCUGAAGCGGCAGCUGCCGGCUACCCCUGACGAUAAAAAGACCUCAAACCUCUCCAUACUGGGUUCUGCCAUCCGGUAUAUACAGGUGCUUCGACGCAAGGAGCGCGAAUGCGAACACGAGAUGGAAAGGCUAGCCAGGGAAAAGAUCGCCGCGCAACAGCGGCUCGCCGCGUUAAAGCGAGAGGUGACGAUCCGAGCCGCCGCCGGCCCGACUCGCACCUUUGAUGGUGGUGAAGACAAAGAGAGAGAGGAAAAUAUCGUUAAUGGUCAAGUUUUAGGAAUUCCUAUAAGUAUUAACUGCUCCCCUCCGCGAGAGCCAAGCCGCGCUGAUACCCUCUCGCCCCGCACCCUCAACCUCAGCACAAAGCUGCGCACACUGCCCAUACAGAUAUCGCCGACCACCUCGCAGGUAGUGCGGGCGUCGUACGGGGCGAGACACAGCGCUCUCACGCUCACAACCAUUGCGCCUGCGCAUUCCACCUGUACAGUUCAGAAGGGCGAGAACGGGUCGCCGGCCGAGUUCAGUGCAUUAGUGCAGCCCGCGCAGAUACAUUUGCCCAUCUCACAGGUGGUGGGCAGCGGCGGCCUCGUGGUGAGUCCGGCCGCCAUCCAGUUGCUCUCCACCGGCGGAGGGCUGCGAGUGCUGCAAGCCAACGGCGUGACGACGGAGAGCAGUCGGCUGUCUAAAGAGAACGGCGUCAGCGCGUCGCCCGUCUCCACCACCGGAGGCAGUAGCGUGGUAGUGAGCGGCCUGACCCCGCUGGUGGUGUCCCAAUCGACCGCGCACUUGCUGCACACGCACACGCACACGAUCACCCAAAAGGUGGUCGAGAACGGCAUGGUGAAGAACGGCGUGCCUCCGCUCGCCGUGAGCGCGCAGUACCUGACGGCGACCACGAUCGUGAAGCCUGUGGUCGUGGUCACCUCCGCACACUCGCCGACCACGUGACCUCGCUCGCCACACGCCCACGUCGGUCUCUUCCAAUGACACCGUCGGACGAGACGUCCGGCGCCCAGGAGUCUAUUGAAUCGUGGCAAACGAACGCAAAGGUCGUAUUCUAGUUCUUCCGCGUGUCGGGACCGAGUCGAGGCGAGGGGCGCCGUACUCCUGGAUCGUGUGGAACUCGGUUCACGUGUUUGCGGUCAACCGCCUCAUCUGUCAGACAGUCGAAGCGUGCCCUCUCUCUAUCUGAUAGGACGAUUGUGAUUAGAUUAUAUGCGAGGAACGUGUCGAAUUCUACGUUUCCAUAACUUCGUCGGCUGCGCGCAUUUUCGUUAAUGCCGCGAAAUGGCAAACUGUGCCGCUACCACGAAAUAAAUACAUUUUUAUGCAACACUGGA